UCUCUACUCCGCGCCAUGACGAAUAAUUCACAGUGGAGUAGGAGUAUUGUGGCUGUGACAGGUCGAUCGUCCAACAGCGAGAUUACCUAAUAAUACACGAUCAAUAGAGAAUAUAAGAAUUCCAACGAUCCUAAUGCCCAUUACUGUACAAUUAACUGUCAACAGUUGUGUUUACUCGUAUCGAUGAUCACUCGUCAACUCGUGUUAAUGCUUUUGACAGUCUGAGUGUAUCCUCGAUUUUUAUUUAUUUUUGUAACAAAGUGUUGAGAUUUAUCGUGAGUACGAGGAGAACUCUGGAGGUCAACGGAAUAAUUUAUUCAUUGGAUAAUCACCGGAUAAAUCACUCGCGAUGAUGGAGAUCGACGAGUGCUCAGCUGGGGGUGACUCUGGGGCUGAGGAAGAGGAGGAUGACGAGUCCAUUCGUGGAUCGAGGACUGAGAGCACCACCACCAGCUCCAGUGGCGGCAGCUCGAGUUCAGAGAGUGCUGAUGACACUGGGGAUGAGGACAGUGGCUCUGAGACACACACUUCCGAUGAUGAUGAUGGGGAUAAUGACAACUCGGAAAUACAGGAUCAACGAGAGUGUGUGGACGAAGUUAGAUGGGAGACGUGUGUUGCUGGUGGGAGCAAAGUGAAACUACCUCAGGAUUUGUGUGAGCAUCCCUCGAUUCUCCAUGAAAUGCUGAAUCCUAGCUUGUGGCAGGAGUGUUUGACGGAGGAGCAGAGAUUAUCACUUUCACAAUAUUUGCCACUUUUUCCCAAAGACUGUGAUGCUGGGGGGGAACAGGAGAAAUCGUUACAAUUGCUUUUCCAAAGAGAGAACCAAAGGUUUGGCGUAGCUCCACUGGACACAUUCACAACUCACCUCUCCUCGGGUCACUACCGCCCGGACAUCCGGCGGAUGCGUCGCCUAGUCCGCAAAGCCCAGCAAAGAAGGCUUCUGUUCGACGAGCGAAAGCGAACGUACGAGCUAGCCGAGCAGCUCCUGAAGUCCCGCGAGAGUCUCCUAAUAACCGCCUACAAACAAGGCUUCAGUCAGUCGGCCCAGCCCCCCUCAAAGCUGCACUGGCGCAAGCCAAAGCCCUCGAUAAUCGAGGAGAGAACGCAGUCUCGUUACCUGGAGGAACUCCAGGCCCUGAGAAACGAGUUGGGAACGGUGAGACUAGCAGACACAACCUCCGAGAACGAGGAGAAUUACCCCCAGUACCAGCCCCCCUCGAAGCAAAAGAAGAAGAGAAAAGUACAAAUGGGUCAGUCGUCGAUCCGAACGAACCAGUUGUUCGAGGACGAGGACAUAAGACCAGUCUUCUCGACCCUCCAGAGGCCCCAGUGCCAGCCAGCCCCGCCAUUCCCCCCUCGUGAGCUCACAGAGGACAGCUACCGAGCCAUGCUGAUCGCCCACAAGAAACGAAGAUCACGAGGUGACAUUCACCCAGAGCUAAACACCCAGGGAAUAGCCCUCUCAGACCUGAGCCAACGAGCUCAAACAGGCCAGAAGCACAAGCUCCCUGGAAACGCCGUCAAAUCCACCUCCAAAAAACGAAUAAAACUCGAGCCCCCACUGCCCCCCAUUCCCCCGCUCCCCCCAAUGCCCCUGAAGCCGACGAUAAAAACGGAAUUCGAUGCAGAUCACCUGGACGACAAUUUCCGAAGCCUUCGCCAGGACCUGGACCUCCAGAGCUUCAUAUCAAUAAAGCCAGAGCCCGCAGACACGUACGAAAUGCCAGUGGUGAAGAAGAAGUCCAAUCCCCCAGUACCAAAGCCCCCGAAGCCCCUGCCCCCAGUGAUUCUCCCCCUAGAGGUGAAGAAGGAGAUCGAGGAGUUCCCCGAGCCCGAGGAGAAGCCCGAGUUUAUUCUCCCCGAGGAGCAUCGAGUCGAGAGUGAGAUGGAGGAGGAGUUGACAGAGAAGAAGGAGCUGGACCUCGAGAACAUCGACAUGCUGCAGAUUCCCAUUCAAUUGGACGAUGGAAUGGACAUUUUGGAGGAUGUUAAAUGCGAGAAUGAUCACUCGAUAACGAUGUCGGAGAGGGAGGUGUCUCUGGAGGAGCCUGAGGACAUCACGAUGAAUGGGAGUGGGGACUUGAUGCAGGAGACUCACGUGUGUUUCUUCUCCCUUUUGAGGGAUGCUUUUAUGUCCAAGGGGGAGUACAGGAUGAGUAUUCCAGAGGUGAAGGAGGCUGUCACUCUCUGGCAGAGCAAUCCUAUAUCACCCCUGAACGACUGGUACUCGUUGGCCUCGUCCUGGGGGAAUUUGGUGCCCUCAGCCCUCGGAUUUCUCGCUGGUGAGCUGACUUAUGCCCAAGAACUCGAUCAGGAACGGGAUCAGGAGUUUGUUCCUUAUCUUGAGAAUAAGGGGAGGGGGGUCUAUGCGUGGAUUGGAGCUGGCAGGGACUCGGACUCCAGGCUAACCAUCCUCUGCACCAAGUUUCUACUGUACAAAGACUCACUGGGACCCCAUGUGGUGCCCUGUCCUCUACCAGUGGCUCCAGUGAAAUCUACCUCAGUGCAGUCUGUCUCGAGUGCCAAUGGGAUUCCUCUGCAGACGUUGAGCCCAGUUGUGGAAUCGAUAUCUGCUGAUGGGGCUGCACUCACUGCGAUGAUGGAGAGCGAACCACCGAAAGCGUUGUGCCCCACUGACUGGAAGGUCAGGCUGUCGACGCCUGAGGAGAGGGAGGAGUUCAGGAGGCAGGAGAGGCUGCGGUAUGCUGCUCCUCACAAGGCGUUUACCUACAGGAUGCAUGGGUAUGCCUCGGUGGUGGGCCCUGUCAAGGGGAUUUAUCAGCAUAAUCCUGGCGCUGGGCUCACCAAAGCUAGGGGACACUCGCUUCUUGUUCCUGAUCGCCCUAAUUUUGUCACCAUUCUGGCACUUGUCAGGGAUGCCACUGCUAGACUGCCUAAUGGAGAGGGGACGAGGGCCGAUAUCUGUAUGUUGUUGAAGGAUUCACAGUACAUCAAGGACCAGAGUGACCAAGUGGGUAACGACAAGGACAAUUACCUGAACUCGGUGGUCUCAGGAGCCCUAGACCGUCUGCACUACGAGACUGACCCCUGCGUGAGGUACUACCCAAAGAAAAAAGAGUGGCUGUACCUCCACCGAGCCCGUUCAGAAUCCGAAUUUGAGAUGUUCCACCAGCAGCUCCAGGGUGUUGUAAAAACGAAAAAGCACUCUGGUGGAUCAUCGAGGAAUAAGUCGACCCAGUCGAGCCCGAAAAUGGUGAACGGAAAGGAGCAGUCACCGUCGUGUGUCAGAGAGACAACUCCAAAGAAGGAGAGAAAAUCGGCUGUUCAGACCCAGGGGACCAACAGGAAGGAGCAGAGGGUGGAGGAGAAGACUGUUGUGGACCAGUCUGUCUCCACUGAGCCCAUUCCAGUCCCCACAGUUGCCCCAGCGCCUCCACCUGUGAUAACAACAGCUCCAAGUGUUCCUGUUGUCACACCGAGUCUGCCCUCUCCUAUAUUAUCAACUCCACUGCCACCGGUUGUUGAACGAGAGGCUGUGAUGCCUGUGGAGAUGAAGCCAGUGGCUGCUGUGGGUCCUUCAUUGGGACCUCUGAAGAAAGUGGGCACCAGCAUUGGAGGAAAACCUGUCACUGUUGUCAAGACAAAUCCAGCCCAGAGUUUGUUGCAAUCUAAUCAGCAUUUUCCACAUCAUCAGAUACAGGUGUCGACGUCUGCUGGAUUGCAGACAAUCAGAUUGUCUGGUCACUCGGUUCUCCACUCGGCUCAGCCUGUGGUGACGUCGGGAAGUGCUUUGACACCGACGAGUGUGGCUGCGAUAUUUCCCACUGCUAAGGUUCAGGGCCAGACUCAGCAGGCGGUGGUCAGCAAUCAGGGGAAGAGUAUCCUGCAGGCGUCGAGUGUUAAACAAUCGUCUGGGCAGGUCACCCAGCCCCAGACCCAGCACGUUCUGCCGGGGAAGACACUUCUUGCUUCACAGAUUAAAUUGGUGAGCUCUGGACAGAUCAAGUCGUUGCUGACUGGCCAUGGCCUCCAGGGACAGACGAUUUUCAUCAAGCAGUCGUCACCAGGGACCAGUCACACUCCACAUAUUCAACAUGUCCAGCAGAUCAAGCAGCCUGCUGUCACUCAGCAUCAUCAGUCCCAGCCACAGACCAUCUCCACACCUGGAAUGCAGAGGAUAAUUGCGCAGAUUGGGGGGAAACCUAUUGCUGUGCAGAUUCAACAGUCUCCGCAUCAGCAGCAGACUCAGCAGCAGAAGAUUCUUGCUAAAGUUUUGACUGGCGCUGGUGGGGGACAACUCAUAUCUGUUGAGAGCCUUCUUGCCCAGAAGGGACUCAAACUCGCUGCUACGACAACAGCCACUGGACAGGUUAAUCGACAGGGUAAACAAGUCAUCCAGACGCAGUAUCAGGUGGUAUCGCAGGCGCAGGCGUCUCCAGGUCAAUCAAAGAUAAUCGCCAGUACUCAACAGGCUGGAACAGCUGGAGGUCAAACAGUGAGAAUGGUGACAGCCCAGUUAGCAGGAAAGCCCAUAGUCCUAGCCAGUGGUAACAAGAGUGUCGGUGUGGGUAUAAGCAGUACAGGAGGAAUGGUCCUGGGUAAACAGACAACAGCCCCACAACAGGGACAACAGCCCAUUAUUUUACCAAGUCAAUUGCUCAACAUCAAGACCCUCCAUGGUCUCAAGGUGAUCCAAACACCAACAGGACUGAAAACGGGGACUGCUGUCUACGCCAGGGUGAUAGCACCCACGACAAUAGCAGGGACACAAGCAACGAAUACUCAGCAACAGAAUCUCCAGCCACAGCCACCGAGAAAUACCUUCAAUACCCCCUGAAUCCGUGGAAUAUCAUUCUGGGGGCUUUUAUCAAUCGAAAAAAAUGGAGGAGUGAUUUUUAGGAUCUGAACACUCAGUGAAAGUGUCAAAGGAACGAUUUUAAUAUCGAUAGUGUGAAAUAAAGUGGAAUAGACUUUUUUUUUUCUUCGUUCUGUCUUAAAUAUGAAUAAAUGACGAUUUAUUUACAAACGUGUGAAUACGCUUUGUGAAUACAAAAUAAUCGUCUCGUAUCGGGAGACGAUUUGCGCAAUGUUAUUUCAAAAAAAAAGUAUAAAUAAAAGUCUUACGUAUAAGUAGUUAAAUUAAAUUAAUAAAAUGAUGAGCUAAAAGAGAUGAUGAAACAACUUAAGUAAAAUGUUUUUCUUGUGAUUCUCAAAAUACCAAUGAAUUUUUGUUUUUUUCAUUCGUAGAAAUACAGUUUAUACAAAAGCUAAUUUCA